AUGGUCUUCCUUGUCAGUGUACUGUUACUCGGUUUAUUCAUCACUAUUCAUGCACAAGUUAACAAUAUCGUACCAGGACAAAUGUCCGUUAAAUUAUUACCUGAUAAUCAAAUUGCCGAUUUAGUCUAUGCGGCUAAUGCAACGGCAAAAUUUAUCGUAUCAUUUGAUGAAGUUCCGAUGCGCGGUAGCAAUGACGAAGGUGAUGUUCUGUUUGGUGUUGAAAUUCGAGGGUGGCAUCCAUCGGGUGGUCCUCGAGGAUAUAUUGCUUCAGCAUUCAAUACAACAACAUUAACAGAUUUUAUGAAGAAUUAUCGAAAUCUUGUUGAAUUUACAUUCGCAUCAGAUGUGUUUCCUGGUUAUUCUUGGUUUUUUCGGCCAUAUAUUGUCUUUUCAAAAUUCUACGGUAUGUCAACAAAUUUUGUGAAUUCGGCUGCUUCGGAGCAAUUUCAUGUACAAUCUUCUAAACCAACAUCGUAA